AGCGCUCGAGAGAAGAAUGGAAACAUUCAGUGAGAGUGACGAACGGAUGUUAUAGAGAUUAACCGGGCCAUUAAACCGGUGAAAUAAGAAGCAGGUGUUGGGGACCUGUGGUACAGUGGCUGUGAUAUAUAUAAACCGGUGUAACGAAAAGACAGAUGCUGUGGACUCGUUGUAAUGAAAUCGCAACUGUGUUACAAAAAAUAUGAAAAAUAAUUUAAGUUAGUAAUUUAAUGUCCGUUUAGAGCCAAAUUAUAGGAAUGCUGGAUCGUCUUAAUCACGGCCAUUUACUAAACUACUUUAAAAUUCUACGAGGAAAAAGAAUAUGUAGACGAAAGUAUAUAUUGUAGAUUAGGAGCCUUAAUUGCAUACUUUUAAAACGUCCAUCGUAAAAAUAAAGCGAGGUGCACAUGGAAACUGAUCAGUAUAAGAGAUAGCUACGAAGUACCAGGUUCAGAGAGCCCCUUGCAGGAGCAGCACAUGGUAGAGACUUGUGCGGACGUCGUCGCUCUAGACAGAAGGUGACAUCAAUACGGCGCGGGCGUCGCUCAAGACGGGUGGAGACAUCAAUACAGUGCGGAGGGAGAGACAUAGAGUGGAACACGCACCGUCAGUCAGCCUCCAAAACAAUGUUGUCACCACAUGGGGGAAUAUUGGCCGUCGCUUGCUGCCUCCUGCUGCCUCACACCCUCACCCACGCGGCCAGGAAAGGAGUGUGGCGUCGCGUGGAGGCCGUGGCAGGGAGGGAGGCUGUGCUGCCGUGCGAGGUGGGGCCCCUCGACUCCUCUGACAUGGUCUUCGUGGUCCUGUGGUACACCAACGGGGAGAAGGAACCCAUAUACAG